AUGCAAAAGGGCAACCCCGGAGACAUUCAGAUGGAAUGGACGGAAAAGUACGGAGGCGCAGUGGUUUACCGUGGAUUAGCAGGAAAUGAGCGUUUAUUGAUUUCGGAUCCACGUGCGUUAAUGUAUGUGUUGCACCAACGCUGUUAUGCAUUCCCUAAACCUUCUGGAGCAAGAUCAGCAUUGAGCAACUUACUGGGAGAAGGCGUUCUUACAACAGAAGGGGAUGUUCACAAACGUCAACGUAAAAUCGUUAAUCCAACAUUCACACAAUCUGCCAUUCGUGACUUUUUACCUUUGUUUUGGAGACAUUCUCCUCACGAGCUUUCUCCUGCAUACAUUAAUGACGAAACAAUCAAUCAAAACGAUGUCAAGCUUUUGGACGAUAAGAUGAAGAUGAACGAUCAAGCUACCGUGCCCUCCAUUGUAGACGUUCUUCAUUGGACAAGCAGAACGACCUUAGAUGUCAUUGGAGAAAGUGCAUUCAGCUACAAGUUGAAUUCUUUACAAAGAGGUGAAAAUGGUGACGUGAUUGCAGAUUCUUUCAACAAGAUGAUGACUCACGUAGGCCAGUUGACACUUCUAGAACGCGCACAACUGCAUUUUGAGCAAUUCAGCAUCUUUGACGGUAUUCGUCCUUUGCCGACCUCUUUCAACAAACGUGCUCGUGCAUGUUACGACGCCGUCGAAAGUGUUGCACAAAAAAUGUUGAAAGAUAGACGUGAAGGCACUGCUCCUCCAGAAACGGAAAAAGACGUUCUCGAGAGAGUUCUACGCGCAAACGAAGAUUCUUCCGUCAAGCAAUCCCAGCGGUUGAUGCCUCAUGAAAUCAUGGGACAGCUAACAACUCUUAUCUUGGCAGGCCAUGAAACGACAAGCACAGCAUUAACUUGGGUUCUGUACCAACUAGCCAUGCAUCCUUCAAUACAGGAAAGUGUACGAAAAGAAAUUUUGGAAGCACAGCAAAUCAACGAACAAGAAGGAAAGGACGAUUUGAGUUAUGAAGAAUUACAUGCUCUACCUAUGCUAAACAAUGUGACAAAUGAAGUCAUGCGUUUGAAUCCACCCGUUCAUAGUACAAACCGUGAAGCAGCCGAAGAUGAUAUUAUUCCUUUGAAAUAUCCAAUCAAAGGAGAGCACGGUCAAACGAUCGAUCAAAUCCCAGUUCGUAAAGGACAAGCGAUUAUCGUUCAUAUUGCUACAUAUAACCGUAGAAAAGAUCUUUGGGGUCCUGAUGCCGAUCAAUUCCGUCCGGAUAGAUGGGAAAAUUUACCCUUAAAAAUUUUACAGUCUGGCGUGCCGGGUCAUUCAUUAAGUUUUUUGGCUGGUCCAAGAAAUUGCGUUGGUCAAAAGUUUGCCUUGACAGAAUUCAAAGCAAUUCUUUCAACUUUGUUGGCCACAUUCUCUUUUGCCCCUCCACCAGAAACAACAAAGGUGGACUCUAAACAAGUUAUUGUCACCAGACCUAGAAUUCGUGGAAUGGAAUCUCAAGGUACACAAAUGCCCUUAUGCGUUACGCCAUUGCAAUGA